GAAUAUUUACUUACCACUGUGCGAUGUAGUGUUGUUCCGAUCGCACACGCAGUCGAGGUCAAGAUUUUUAUAAAGUUUGUUUUCCAUUAUCAUUUGAAAUAGAAACAAGCAAUUAAAAUUCUUUUUUUUUCCUUUUUUGUUAAAACAAAGUGAAAAAGCAAUGGAAGUCUCAUUAAGUUUAAUUUUAUUUUUCCUCGGGUUGUUCGGUCCUAUCAGAAGUUUUAAUUUGGAGGUUGCUUAUCAAUGGAAGUAUCUGGAUUGGACUCAUCCAGCAGUUAGUUUGACAGGAAGAAAUUUUACUCUUGGCAAUCCAUUUACACAAGACGUUGAUAUUGAUAAACGUGGACGAGUUUUUGUCACAAGCCCGCAAUGGUUAGACGGUACUCCGAUUGUUCUUUCUGUGGUGAGCAACGUUAAUGGGCCAGGUGGUCCAUUGCUGAUUCCUUAUCCUAGCUGGGAAUGGCACACGGUAUCUUCCGGUUGUGACAGUCUUAUAUCCGUCUAUAGAUUGGCGAUAGACGAAUGCGAUCGAUUAUGGGUUGUGGAUGUUGGAAGGAUAGGAAAAGAUGCAGUCUGUCCUACGAAGAUCCUGAUAUUUGAUUUAAAUACAGAUAAAUUGAUCCACAAAUAUAUAGUGCCAGAUGAUCAGGUUCUGAAUGGGAAGUCAGCUUUAGUUACACCAAUCGUGGAUGUUGGUUUAACGUGUAUCGACGCUUACCUCUAUGUUGCCGAUGUUGAUCAGAACGGCAUUUUAAUUUAUGACCUCUAUAAAAAUCACUCCUGGCGACUUUCGAAUACUGCUGGAAAUGCUUUUGGUCCCGACGAAGAAGCCAUGAAAAUUACGAUUGCUGGGGAAUCGUUCGAUCUGACCGACGGAACCCUUGGCAUGUCACUCUCGCCAAUCGGAUUUUACAAUCACAGAUAUCUAUAUUUCAACUCGCUCGCUAGUUAUUACCAGAAAUUCAUGGACACGGUUUCAUUAAAGGAGAGCGAAUUCCGUGAUCCAGUUAUAUUUCGUUCGAAUUAUAAACGAGCGAGCCAAGCCGGUGUACAGGCAACCUCCCGGCGAGGUGUCAUAUUUUUUCAGCUCGUCCAAUUAACCGCGAUCGCUUGUUGGGACAUUGAGAAACCAUUCGCCCCGGAGAACGUCGUUAUCAUUUGUCAAGACGAGGAAAUCUUACAAUACGUCAGUGGUAUUAAAGUGAUCACGAACAACCACGGCGAAGAGGAACUUUGGUUCAAUACCAACAGGCUUCAAAAAACGAUUAACAAGACGUUGAAGCCAACGGAAAUAAACUUUCGUUUAAUCAGAGCCAAGGUAGACGAUAUCAUCCGUGGAACGAGAUGCGAACCUUUUCCCUUGAGACACAGUGCACCCGAUACGACAUUUUGGCGUCAAAUAUGAUGUCGUACAAAUAAAUUCUUUUUACUGUAGUAUCAAAUUAACUUGAAAUAAAACGUUGAGCAUAAUCUUAA